CCUCAACCGUCCACGAUGCCGCUCGUCAUUCUCACCGGAUACCCCUGCUCCGGUUUGAGCUACCGCGCAAACCAACUCGCGUCGCUAAUAGAAAAGGCGCAAGAUGAGCUCCUCGCAUCCACCGAGCCAGGCUCGCCAGCCCCGCUAAAGUCCCGAUACAAAGUCCACGUUGUACCUUCCCAUGACAAGUCGCACCCAAGGACGGUCUAUGAUCAUGCUAGGACGGAAAAGGAGGCCCGGGGUGUGGCUUAUGCGCGAGCGAAGCGUGUGCUUGCCCGGGACAGCAUUGUCAUUCUGGAUGGAAUGAAUUACAUCAAGGGAUGGAGGUAUCAAUUGUGGUGUGAGGCCAAGGCUUCUAAUACAACGUGCUGUGUGGUUCACGUUGGAACACCCGUCGAUCAGUGCGUCGCGAACAACGACGCUCGACUGCGUCGGGAUGAAGCGAAGCAAAAGGAUGGCAGCUCACCCCAGGAGGUACAAUCGAUUUGCACCGAAGAUAUCUCAUCCAAGCCGGAGGAGUCGAACGACGAUGAAGAAGCCUACACACCAGAACUCCUCAACAACCUCAUCUUCCGCUAUGAGGAACCCAGCACCCACAGUCGCUGGGACAAACCCCUCUUCACAGUGCCCUGGUCAGACGCCGAGCCCCCAGUAGCAGACAUCUUCCAAGCUCUAUCAGGCGUCGUCCUCCCAUCAGCCGAAUCCACUACCGAAACCCCUGUAUCCAACCUCACCCAAUCACUCGCCUCAUCCACCCUCUCCGACCUAGCCAGCACAACAACCUCAGGCCGAGCAUUCAACCGCGGUCAAUCCACCCGCCCAAAGAUCAUCCCGCACCAAGCCACCGUGCAAGCCGUAGCGACCGAUUCCGGCGCCCUCUACGCGAUGGAAAAGCGCACCACGGCCGUCGUGAAUGCUAUCCGCGCAUUCACGCAGGCGAAUCCAUCCGCCGAGGUGGCUUUGGCACAAAGCACGCACCAGAAGGGCAUCGCGAUCGAGGUCCCGGAAUCUUCUAUUCCAGUCCUCAUCCCUGCUCAUGUCGCCACGACCGGUACGACGGAUGAAUUGGCCGGUGCGGGUGGAAUUCUGGCAUUGCCGAAGCUGCAGCGUAUGCGGCGGCAGUGGAUUAGUCUGAAUCGGAGGUAUAUCGGUCAUGGUCAUGGUGCGGGACAGGGCUCGUUGGCCAUAGAGAGUGUUGGAGAUGCAUUUGUACGGUUCUUGAAUCAUGAGUUUGGGGGCGUGGAGAAUACUGAUGUGUAGAUGUGGGU